CGCCCCCAAGUGGGCAUGACUCUUCCAGGCUUCUCUCCAGGGGCCCCAGCCAACGGCCAGCACUCCUUCCUCCAGACUGCACGACGCCACGCAGCUCCCCAGGAUUCCCAUCACCGCUCUCCCGGCCUGCAGUGCCAACACGUGACCUGUAGAGCAGUGCCUUGGGGAAGCUGAGGUUGGUAAGUGUAGCAGGUAGAGUGUGUCCCACUGAUUGGGUGUUAACUGUGUGCAACCCCCCUCCCCCGUGUUUUUCAUGCGUAGCCUCAUUUAAUCCCAGCAACCUGUUGAUUUAGCCCCAUUUGUGGGAAAGGGUGACAACAGGUGCUUAGCAAUUGUAAUGGGAGACCCAGGUAUUGAGUCCUUCCCCUGGCAAGCAUCCUCACCGGGUAUUUUUCUCCCUUGAGCUCUUAAUUCUUGAGGUCGGUUUUAUUGUCCUCAGAUGUGAGAUUUGAGGAAGUAGAGGCUGAGGCAGUUAAGUGAACAGUAGAGAUAAGAUGUGAACACCCAUGCUAUCCUUUUGACCUGAAAGCAUGUUUUUUUUAGAGUUCUGGAAGCUUCCUGCAUGCCUCCUGGACAGGCUGUGUCCUGUGGGACCUCAUCAGCUUGGCUUUGACCCACACAGGUGCACCUCUGGCAUGGCGAGCGCUGAAGAGCGGGAAGGCACCGUGCAGGUGCAGGGCCAGAGCCUCUUCUUCCGGGAGGCCUGGCCAGGUGGUGGACAGGCCCCUCGCUUCUCUGUGCUGCUGUUGCACGGCAUUCGCUUCUCCUCUGAGACCUGGCAGAAUCUGGGCACGCUACACAGGCUGGCCCAGGCUGGCUACAGGGCAGUGGCCAUUGACCUUCCAGGCCUGGGGCGCUCCAAGGAUGCGGCAGCCCCUGCCCCUCUUGGGGAGCUGGUACCUGGCAGCUUCCUAGAAGCUGUGGUGGCGGCCUUGGAGCUGGGCCCCCCUGUGGUGAUCAGUCCCUCCAUGAGUGGCAUGUACUCCCUGCCCUUCCUCACGGCCCCCGGCUCGCAGCUCCGGGGCUAUGUGCCCGUGGCCCCCAUCUGCACCGACAAAAUCAGUGCCACCAACUACGCCAGUGUGAAGAUUCCGGCCCUGAUUGUCUAUGGAGACCAGGACCCCAUGGGUCACAGCAGCUUUGAGCACCUGAAGCAGCUGCCCAACCACCAAGUGCUGGUCCUGGAGGGGGCGGGGCACCCCUGUUACCUGGACAAACCCGAGGAGUGGCAUACAGGGCUGCUGCACUUCCUGCAGGGGCUGGCAUAGGCUCUACCCUCUGGCACCUGUAGGCUGCCUUCCCGGGACCUCUCUCUUCUCUCUCACACGGCUCACUGGGCUCUGGUUGCACAU